AUGAGGGUUCAUGAGAAUGUCAAGAGAUUCGCUAGGAAUUAUGCUACCUUGUUCAUCGUCUUCUUCGCUUGUGCAUUGUAUGGCUCCUUUUAUCUUCUUUGCUUAGCAAGUUUAGCACUUUGGGAGCUGUUUAAGUACUGUAGUGACAGGUGGAAGUUUGAUCGUCACCCUUCUGCUCGGAAACUCAUGAUUGGUAUUGGACAGUGCGCGACUGCGGUUCUUCUUACGUUUCUGAAUGUCCAAAUGGCUCUUUUCUCUGCUCUUGCGGUCAUUUAUUCAGUUAUGCUAUUACACGCCGGGUUCAGGAAGCUCAAUCCCUCCAAGAAACAAUCUCGAGAAAGAUAA